AUGGCGGAGAGCUUUAUGAUUAAUGGUCUUGAUAUGCAGUGCAGAUUUUAUUAUGCGCCUGGUACGGUAAAUCAUGAUUUUUGUGUUUAUGAACUAUUAAAAGGCAAACCAGGUCAAACAUAUAAACAUGGUAUACACUAUUUAUAUAUAUGGAGCAUGUGCCCAUGUGCAAAUGAAUAAUGUGCCCAUAACUGUACAAACCUCAUUUUCAUGUUAACAUUGAACUUUUUCCUUUUAACGCCCCCAAAAUAUUCAUUUGUUGCAGGGGAUUCUUCCACACACGUUGCAGAACGAGUCAUGCGCUCACUGAACGAAUGCUUGGGGAAUGGGCGUUCAAUACCUAUACCAUACGAUAAAGACACGAUCAUCUCUUCGAAUGGGGAAACAAGACUUUUGGACCUCACCAAAGAUGAGCUCAACAAAUUUAAAUCGGAGAGACACAUGGAUGCGGCUAAUGAAUGUGCGAAACGUGUGAAAGAGCGUAUUGAUGGGUACUUCAAUCCACGCAUUCAUGCCACAAGAAGAUCAUCGGUCUUUCUACCUUGA